AUGGCUGUAGCAGGGGAAUGGUUUGGGAGGACUCUGAUAGUCUUGUACUGGUGGCUUUUAAAUGGGCAUGAUGUAACUCCAACAAGUAGUUUUUAUUAUGAAGAAUCAUCCCUGAUCUGUGGGGAGGAGAGCUUAGAGUACACCAUUCCGCCAAUCCAUAGUCAUAAUGUUUCCAUUCAGCUUUUAGUAAAAGACCACAAAGGAAAACUGAAGACUAUUAUGAAUGAUCCCUCCUGUGGAAUCUGGGUGACUCCGGGUUCAGAUGGCUUCCUGUUUAUUGAUGUUGACUAUGAUGGCUGUUUCAUUAAAAAAAUGGAUAAUUACUAUACAAUGACUAUCUUGAUGCAACAUAAUAUAACUGGAAAAUGGGAAGUUUAUCAGAAGGAAGACUUGAGAUGCCCUGUAUUUCAAGCAAUGGAUGCACCUGUUCUUAAUAAGUGCUCAGGGGUUCUAAGAGGAAACAGAAUAGCUUGUGCUGGCCCACUCACUUCCCAGGAUGUCUGUAAUCAGAAUGGCUGCUGUUAUGACCAAAGUGAUUCAAUUAAUCCAUGUUACUAUGGUGAUGAAGUUACUGCUCAGUGCAGCAUAGAUGGUCAGAUGUCCGUUGCAAUCUCUAAAGAUGUCACCUUGCCACCGCUACGUCUAGACUCUGUCCACUUACUUAGUGGAGGUGGUGAUGUCUGCAGCCCAGUGACUCAAAAUGAAGCCUUUCUCGUAUUCAAGUUCCCUCUGUCAGCCUGUGGUACCACACGUAAAAUUAACAAUGGAAUAGUUGUAUAUGAAAAUGACCUGAUUGCUGACCAGGAUAUCAGAACGUGGAGUGGAGCAUUAAUUACCAGGGACAGCACCUUUAGACUACGCAUCCGCUGCAGUUUCACUGCCAGUGCAUCAGAGCCUCUGUAUGUUGAAGUGUACACUCUUCCUCCGCCACCUCCAGUAUCUAGUACUGGUCCUCUCACUCUGCAAAUGAGGAUUGCAAAAGAUCUUCAGUUUGGACAGUAUUAUGGAACUGGAGACUACCCUGUAGUAAAAUAUCUCCGAGAUCCGGUAUUUGUAGAAGUUCGCAUAGUAAACAGAAAUGACCCUUCGUUGGUUCUAAUAUUGGAGCAGUGUUGGGCAACUUCCUCUGAAAGUCCCUUGCAACAGCCACAGUGGCCAAUUCUUGUCACCCGGUGUCCAUUUGAUGGGGAUAACUAUAAAACCAAGCUGUUGUCUACUGAGAGAAAUUCUGCCGUGGACUUUCCUUACUAUUAUAAACGCUUUAUCCUAAGUACCUUCACAUUUGUAGAUGGUACCUCAAAUCAAGCAUUAUAUGGAUUGGUAUACCUGCAUUGCAGUGCAUCUGCGUGUUUUCCUUCUUCAUCUGAUUCCUGUACAGCCACAUGUAACUCAAGAAAGAGGGCAGUUAAUGACCUUGAUGAAUCUUCACUGACCUUGGUAUCAUCAGAGGGUCCCAUUCUGCUUUCUGAAGUUAAUGAGCUGCUGGUUAAAAAAGAAAUCCCACACAGGACAUGGAGAUUGGAAUGGAGGCUAAUAGCUGCUAUGGUGUUAUUUUCUGCAAUUCUUGUUGGAUUUCUGAUCGGGGUGAUGAGUUAUCAAUGUACACAAAACAAAUCAAAUAUUCAAAACUUGAAAGUCUAA